AAAGGUACACACUCUUUUAAACACUUCCCUCUUUACAAGUAUUGAACCUUACAUGAUUUCUAUGUCGCUUCUUAGCAGAAUUCAUCAACUUAGAUUGCGGUUUGCACCCCGCGGGAAGACUACACCAAUAAUUUCAGCCUUGGAACUAAGACCUUUGAGAGAUGACACUUACAUCACUACAAAUGGUUCCUUGAAGCUCUUAAAACGCUACUAUGCUAGCGAUUUUCUCGGUCCUUCGAUUAGGUAUCCUUCAGAUGUAUAUGAUCGUGAGUGGAAGCCAAUAAAUCUUUCUUUUGGCUUGAAUUUUGUAAACCCAAGUCUCAAUGUAAACUCUUCUACUCCUUAUGAGCUACCACAAGAUGUAAUCUCAAAGGCAAUCACUAACAAAAACGUGACUGAGAAGUUAUCUUUCGACUGGUAUGUCGAUAACCGCGAAGAUCAAGCUCUCAUAUUCCUUCACUUUGCUGAGAUUCAAACACUUAAAGGCAAUGACACAAGAGAGUUCGACAUUAUAUGGAAAGGAAACGAUGGAAACAUUACCAUUUCAGCUUAUCGCCCUUCGAAGUUACAGCUAGAGACUUUAUACAACACAUCGCCCAUGAAAUGUAAGUUUAUGCAAUGUACAGUGGAGCUGGUUAUGACUAAGAGCUCAACUCUCCCACCAAUGAUCAGUGCUAUGGAAGCUUACCAGAUUAUUGAUUUCUCGGAUGCAGAAACUAAUCCAGAGGAUGUUGUUGAGGUCCAGAAUGUUCGAGCUACUUACGAGUUGAGUAAAAUCGACUGGCAAGGAGAUCCGUGUGUUCCUCGAUUGUUCAAAUGGGAGGGUAUCAAUUGCAGCUACACAAAUGCUUCUAUUCCACCAAGAAUCAUUUCCUUGUAAGACUAUCUAAUUACAGAUUUAAUAAUAAAAACAAAUUAGUGUUUAUAGAUCUUGAAAUGUGUGUUCUGUUUUUAUAAUCAGAGACUUAUCAUCAAGUGGGAUAAAGGGGGUUAUAGCAC